UAAAAAAUAAAUUUGUUAUAGCAUUAUUUGCAAACGGCGUGUAAUAGUCGAAUGCACAAAAAUCAUUGUGUUAAUCAUCAAAAUUAUUACUGAUCUACAAUUUCUUAAUAAAUUUAAUUACUUAAUACAUUUUGUUCAUGUCGGUUACAUUUACAGAUGUGUAAUUUAAGUUUUCGCUGAAUAAAAUUAUCCUAUUUACCAAACUCGAAGUGACCUAAUAUAUAAAAGUAACAUAAAAUACUUUAUAAUAAUUUUGUGCAAAUUAGUUUUUUUUAAAUAACAGUAACGCACGUAAAGACAUAAAUUUGAAAUUUGCAUUUAUUAAUUUUUUUAUUUAUUAGAAUAUUAUUAGUGAUAAACAUUUUAUAUAAAAGUGGGUCAAAGUAUCGUUUCACGUAUUCGUAAUGUUUUUAAUAAUAUACAAAUAAUUAAUGAAUCCGAAUUAGUUUACGAUUUAAAACGAUGUUUUGUUUGAAUUUGAUAAUUCUCAGCCAAAUUGUUUUUGGAAAAGAAAUUCUGUGUCAUGUCAUACGGAACUAUAAGGAAUACCCUUCAGCCGUCGAUAUGGCGAACCCAUACAUAUCUGACGGUUUGGGGGAAGUGAAAAUGUCAUCAAAAAAAAUACCCAUCACUGGUACGACUACUGUUGAUGGUAGUGUACCCGUUGUUGGAGCUGUGAACUUUGAUGGUGAAGUUCGAGCAUCUGGUACUGUGACUAUCGUUGCCAGGAGUCGACCAUCAGCGAGACCGCGAUGCACAGCAACCGGACCUUUGGCUAUCAUGCUGGUCACUCCGCCAAAGUCUUCAAAAAUGCCUAGGUCAAUAAUACCCAUAAUCCUCCGUGCUAAAUCAUCGCCAAUUACACAAGGUAUCUCUCCUAUUUCCAUUCCUGCGCUGCAGCCAAUCACAGCAGCAGCUACACCCCCCAUCGUCCCUACUCGGUCCUUUAAUCCAGUUUAUCCAGCGAUCCCGAAUCUCGCUGUGCCAAGCUACCCUCAAGAGGAGGCAACAGAAUGUUGCUACAUUGUCGUAUCAGGAAAUGAAGUUCCAUUAGCUGGCACGACCGUUGUUGAUGGUGUCUUAGCAUCGAGUGGUGAUAUAACUUUUAAUGGAUACGUGCCCGCCAAGGGUUCUGUUGUGAUAACUUGUAAAAGUUUUUAAGUUCAAAUUAAGGAACCGCAGGUUUCGAGAAGGAAUGGAAAAUGCGAUGACUCUGUCGCAUUAAAAAUAAUCGGAGGAGAAUACACUCUUUACAUUCAGAGAGUGUCACUUCGUCUUAGGUUAUUAAACAAAUCGUUUAAUAUUUUUACACAAAUAUACAAUCCAUUUACUAUACGAGUAUUUAAAAAAAAUCCGUGACAUACCGUCAAGGUGAAGUCAACAUGGAUUGUGUGGGAAGCGUGCAGGGAGGAAGUAACCGACUAUAGAGGGGGACGGAUGGAAGACAAAAUACACGGUGUGGAGUCCAAUCGUGAUAAUGAGAAAGUAAUGAUGAGGAUGAUGAUGAUCAACUUAGACGAAAUAAUUUAAUUUAAUUUAAAAUAAUAUUUAAUUCUAAAUAUACUUGUAUGAACAAUCACUUUCAAAACUUAAUUAAACAGGAAUACAUUAAAUGUUAAUAACGAUAAUAAUUUAUUUCCAUCUUCAUUUGGACAAUCAUUUGUUGGUAUUUUGUAAUAAGAUUUCUUAAUUAUUAAAACAAACUGUAUGACAAAGAUUUUAAUUAAAUUAUUCCAA